AUGAAAUUCAACACAAAAUGGGACUUUAAGGAGGCUGUAAGGGAGUUCACAAUCCAAGAGGGUAGACGGAUUAGGUUCAGGAAGAAUGACAACGUGAGGAUGAGGGCUACAUGUCAGGUGAAAGGAUGUCCAUGGGUGGUGUAUGCAUCAAGGGAUCAUGAAGAUACUUGUUGGCAAUUAAAGACAUUUGUUAAUGAUCAUACAUGCCCAAGGGAAGAUAAGAACAGGGCAGCUAACAGAAAUUGGGUGGCAAGUAAACUAGUCAAGAAGGUUAGGAAGUACCCCAAUUUUAAGCAUUGUGAUGCUGCCACUUACUUCAAGUCAAGGUUUGACUUGACCUUGAAUAAGAACUCAAUAUCAAGGGCCCUCUUUGAUGCACGAAAUGCUGUGUUUGGGGAUGAAAAGGAACAAUACAAAAUGCUGAGGGAUUAUGGUCUUACACUUCUCAAGACUAAUCCUGGAUCAACAGUUGAAAUUUGUUGCACUCCCCAACCUGAGUCUGAUCCAGUAUUUGAUAAAAUGUAUGUGUGCUUGAUUGGUUGCAAGAGUGGUUUCAAAGCCGGAUGUCGACCGUUGAUUGGACUGGAUGGUGCUUUCUUGAAAACUCAAUUUGGUGGACAAAUUCUAUCAGCAGUGGGUCAGGAUGCUAAUCACCAUAUCUACAUCAUAGCGUGGGCAAUUGUUGGCGUAGAAAACAAGGAGAAUUGGAAGUGGUUUCUUGAGUUGCUACACCAGGACCUUGGAGACUAUAGGCAAAAUGGGUGGUGCUUUAUCUCUGAAUGCAGAAGGGAAUUGUAUGCAUUGUGUAUAUUAUUAGGUUUGUUGCCGGCAAUGGAAGAGGUGAUGCCCCGUGUUCAUCACCGCUUUUGUGUUUGGCACUUGUGGCAGAAUUUUAACAAGCAAUGGAAGGAUUUACAGCUAAGAUCCUUGCUGUGGGAGUGUGCACGGGCCACCACGUAUCAAGAGUUCAGAGAUAAUAUGAACAAGAUCAAGAUUAUCAACGAGGAUGCAUGGGCGUAUCUAUCAAAGUGGGGAGGAGAACACUGGACCAGGAGUCAAUUCAGUCACAGGCCUAAAUUGGAUAGCAUAUGUAAUAAUGCGUGCGAGGUAUUCAACUCAAAAAUUAAAGAGGCCAGGGCCAAGCCAAUCAUUACUUUGCUUGAAGGUGUGAGAAUGUUUGUCAUGAGAACAAUAGCUAAGAACAAGGUAAAAUUAGCUAAUCAUGUGGGAAUACCAUGUGUGCAUGCCUGUGCUGCACUAGCUAGGGUGAACAAAAAUCCAGAGGAUUUUUGCCACAAACUAGUUACUAUAGACUCAUACAAGGAGACAUAUCAGCAUCAUAUUAAUCCCAUUCCUGGGCAGACUUUCUGGGAGGUUUCAGAAUCUCUUAAGCCCCAACCUCCAAAGAUUAAGAGGGGGCCAGGUAAGUUACAACAAAAAAGGCGAAUAGGCACAGAUGAAGCUAAGGGUGGCUCGAAGAAAUCCAAACCCACUUUCACCAAGGACAACACAAACCUAAAGAGGCAGCUUGCACCAUUCACAUGCAGCUAUUGUGGGGAAAAACGACACACAAAGAGGGAUUGUAAAAAGAAAAAACUAGCAGAUGCUGCUGCAAAAGCCAAAGCUGCUGCUGCUGCACAAGCAAAAGCUGCUGCUAAGAAUACAGCUAGAGCUGAAACUAAUGUUGUUGAGGAUGGUCAGAAUGCUGCUGAACCUGACCCCAAUGCUAAACCUGAUCCGAAUGCCACUGCUGAUGUCAACGUUGGUAAAGAUGCUCCGGCUGAUGAUGAUGACACUAAUGUCCAACCAGUUGAAGUUGAGCUUUCUCAACCAAUUUACUCUGAACCAGAGGAGUCUCAGCAGGCUGCUGAAGUUUGUACCAUCACUAAGUCAAGACCGGAUAAGCUCCCACCAAAGAGAAAAUCAUCUAUCUCACCAACUUCUGCCCAUGAGCCAGUUAAUCCCAUGCAAGGUGCUAGCUCAGGAACAGCUGCAAGACUUGGCAGUAUCCUCAAGUUCAUUCCCACUCCGGGAUUCAAGGCACCUAAGAAGAAAAAUUGA